AUGGAUUUUUAUGAUCCGAAGUUCCUACAAAAUCUUCUAGAAGCAUCAAGAAGCAUCCAAGAAGUUGGAAAUCCAAGGCAACCCCGUCGUGGUGAACAUAGGGUUGUGGAAGAAUUCAAGGUGUCUGAAUUGCCUGAAUUUGUUGGUGGAACUGAUCCUGAAUGCUACUUGGAGUGGGAAAGGAAGAUUGAAAGAAUGUUCGAGUUCAAGGAAGUUGAUGACGAAAAAAGGUGCAAGUAUGCCAUUCUCAAGCUAAGUGGUGGUGCUUCAUUAUGGUUUGAAGGGCUUAAGGCCAAGAGAACCCAUGAAGGCAAAGAAAAAUUUUGUUCUUGGCUUUCUCUAAAACGAAAGCUAAGAAAGAGAUAUGUUCCUUCUACUCAUAGAAUUGCCACUUACAAGAAGAUUGCUGAUUUGAGGAAAGGAAAAAUGAGUGUUGGAGAAUACAUUGAUGAAUUUGAGAUGUUGUCGUUGAUGGGGGAUAUUGAAGAAAUUAAAGAACAAAAAAUGACUCGUUUUCUAAAAGGGUUGAACUACAACAUUGCCAAUGUUGUGGAGUUAUAUCCUUAUGCUGAUUUUGGAACUCUUUGUGGUUUGUGUUUGAAGUUGGAGGGGCAAGCCAAAGAACGUUAUGGUGGGAGUUCAAGUUCAAGUCUCGAAAGUCCCAAGUCAAAGUCGUGGUCCAAGCCCGAGUCUAGCAAUAGACAAAAUUCUGUUUCUACUCCUUCUGGUUCUAGUAGUGUUCCCGUUGCUCCUAAACUUACUAGCGGUACCAAAGAAACUAGUUUGGAGAAAAUUAGAUGUUUCAAGUGUCAAGGUUUUGUUCAUUACCAAAAUUCUUGUCCAAACAAAAGGGUGGUGACUUUAAGGGAGGCCAUUGAAUGUUGUGAAGAGUUGGAGGAAGAAGAGAGGUUGGAGGGUAUUUUUCAUGAUACACAAAAAGAAGAGGAAGAAGAGUAG